AUGGGACAAACAUGUGAGGUGAAGCUGCUCUUGCUGAUCUCAUCGCUCUGCUGCAGCACGAACCAAGCUGAAGUGAAGCUGAGUCCCAGCAGCUCUCAGUUCUUCAGAGAGACGUCCGUCUCGUUUAGCUGUGAGGACGACCACAGCUCGGCAGGAUGGACGCUGAGGAGGAACACGAGCACAGGCACCAGGAAGGAGUGUGAAGACUGGGGGCAAGAAGUUGCUUCUUCCUGUUUCAUCGACAGUGCCGUCCCAUUGGACAGUGGAGUUUACUGGUGUGAGUCCACAGAGGGAGGAGCAAGUAACUACGUCAACAUCACUGUGACUGAUGAUCCAGUGAUCCUGCAGAGUCCCGUACUCCCGGUGGAUGAGGGAGAGGACGUCACUCUGAUCUGUAAAACUAAGACGCCGCCCUUCAACCUCUCGGCUGAUUUCUAUAAAGAUGGCACUUUUGUCAAGGCGACGCCCACAGGUCACAUGACCAUCCAUCUUGUCUCCAAGUCUGAUGAAGGAGCCUACAAGUGUGACAUCAAAGGCCGGGGAGAGUCUCCACCCACAUGGAUCAGCAUCACAGGGAAACCGACCCCCACAUCUCUUCCAUCACCCUCCAUUACCUACGUUACCUACGUUAUCCCACCCAUCGCUGUUUUGGUAAUUCUGGUUGUUCUGGUGCAACUGGUGAGAUGCGGCGUCCGGAGGAAACCUGAGGAGAGAGAUCGAGCUGCAGCGACACGAGGGGACAACGUCACAUAUGGAGAAAUAACGAUCCGUCCAUUCAACAGCAGAGAAUAUCAAGCGGAGCCGGAGGUAAUUUACUCGUCACUGCGGUCCAAGCAAUGACGACCUGCUGCUGCUCCACUGCCGCCAUCUUUAUUCCAUCACAGGAGGCGUGUCCUGAGUCAGUGUUUGAAUAAAGUUUCAAUAAAGCAACUAAAAUGAAAAUAU